GUCUACAUAUGACCUAAGCCGUGGAAUGGGAAGGAUGCAACACCGUAAAGCGCCUCAUACACUAAGUAUACCAUCCAUGAUGUCUGAAAUGCCAGAUCAAUAACAUUCUUUGCAUGCAACCUCAUCCUCUCAAAUGAUUUUCGUCCCUUUAAUUAUAACAAGGAAUGACUUACUAAAUAGCUAAUCACCCUAACGAUAUGAGUUCCUGUAUUAUUUUAUUAUGCUACAUUCAUCGUUGUCAGGAAUUUGGCAACUGUGGGCAAUGUCGUGCAAUCUCAAAUGCUCCUCGACGCUAGGAGAGUGAAAUAUUAACAAUGACAGUAAAUAACCCACAUAUAUAACCGGGGCAAAGGGAUGAGUCGCGAGGCAGAGGAGUGGAAGAGGUACUACGAAGCAGUCGUAUUAUUGUUCCAAUAAUGUCGGCUGAAGCUGAAUAUCUCAAUGCGGCGGACAUAGGUGUUAUCCGAACAGAAAAGGUCUCUAAGUCGCAAGCUGCAUAUGAAGAAUCCUCUAUGUUGGAGCGCGUAUCAAAUCUAACUAUUCAAGAACCGAAUAAAGGUUCCGAUCAAACCAAUUUCUGCAGAAUUACAUCAAGCCUUGUCAAUACCACGGAGGGAAUCUCUGACCUCGUUGACUCAAUAUGUGACUGUCAGCCCCUUUCUCCAUCACUCUAUUUGGACUUAGAAGGAGAGCAGCUUUCUAGAAACGGAAAAGUAUCUAUCCUCCAGAUAUUUAUUCCGUCUGAACAUCACGUAUACCUUGUGGAUGUUCAUAGCCUGGGCCAAAAAGCUUUCUCAACAAAGGGCAAUAACAGGUUGACGCUUCAGGACAUUCUUGAAUCAGUGACCGUUCAAAAAGCAAUUUUCGAUGUGAGAAAUGACUCAGAUGCAUUAUAUAGCCAUUUUGGCAUUCGCCUUUCCGGCAUCGAUGAUAUUCAACUCAUGGAACUGGCAUGUCGACCGUUCGGUCGGAAAUUCGUGAACGGCUUGACGAAAUGCAUUGAGCAUGACGCAAUGUUGACCGAUAGAGAAAGGCAAGUAUGGAAGGCCACAAAAGAAAAAGGGCUUCAAUUAUUCGCGCCAGAGAAGGGGGGUUCUUAUGAUGUUUUCAACUACCGCCCACUUGAUGAUAUCAUUCAGUCAUAUUGCGUCCAAGAUGUCCAGUUUCUGCCCCGUCUUUGGUCUUCUUAUAAUGCGAGACUGAGUUCCGAGUGGCGUCUCAAAGUAGAGAGUGCUACAAGGGCUAGGAUCCGUUCAUCUCAGAGCCCUUCCUACCAGCCUCAUGGAAGACAUAAAGCUCUAGGCCCUUGGUGAUUCUCUUUUUAUAGGCUACGCUUCAAGCUCAAGGCUACUGAAAAGUGGGCCAGCCAGACGGCGAAGGCGACUCUGCCCCAAGGCUAUCUCCAAUGUAAUAACUUCUUAUUUGAAAGCACGGCAAUUGUUUUAACUGGGCGAUAACUUAAUACCGA